UUAAAGUUAUUUAAAAACAAACAUUAUAUAAUUAUAGGUGAAAAUAUUAAGUAAUGUAACAAUAAAGCUAUGACAUUAUUUCCAAAAGCAACAUUAUUAAAUGUAGUUACCCGAUUACAAGCUAUACAAUUAACAAAAUAUUCCGUCAGUUCUUCAAAAAAUGUAGAAACAUUUAAUUUUCGAUCUAAUUUCACAGAAGAUGAGCAAACAAAGAUUUUGAAUGUUGUAAAUGAUCCUGAUACAAAUUUAUUAUCAAAAUUUCAUAUACCACAAAACAGGAUUAAAAGUAUCGAAUCAUGGAAAAACAAAAAGGGCCCAUUUAGAUCCUUAAGCGAAAUCUUAGAAGUGGAUGGUUUAGGUGAAAAGAUGUUACAUAAAAUGUGUGAAGAUAUAAUGAAAUGUGAUAAACCAAUUGAUCAGUUAGCUGUAAAUAAUAAUAAUGGCAAGAACAAGAGAAAUAAGCAAAUAGUGGUACCGCCUAUUAAUGGGAAUAUAAUAAAUAAUUUAUCUACUGCAGUAGGUAUACAUUUAAGUCCAAUAGGUAUCAGUUGGGCAAAAAUAUCAAAAGAAAAUAAUAAAUUAGUUAGCUGGAACUAUGACAACUUUAGUUGUUUGCCAAAUAAACUACUGCCGAAUGAAACAUUUGACAAGACUAUUCAAAUUGUACGAAAAAUACCACCAAGUGAUGUCUACGUAUUUGAAUCUAGUCCAUCAAUGGGCCCUCAAGCAUCAACAUCAGUGAGCUUAGCAUCAUCAUACAACCAACAACUCGAAUUAAAUGCAAUGCUACUAGCUCUUUUAAAUACUAGUGUCAAUCAUAAUAUUACUUUACAGAGUGCCUGUAAUAGAGAUAACCUUUCAACAACAACAAUAGAAAAUAGAGUAUUUUAUUUGAAGUCCAGAAUAUCGGCUAGGUUGUUUAAAACGUUGGUAGGACAAGAAAAAGUUGCUGCUGCUACGACAAUUAAUCAGCUCUUACAAAGUAAUGAAGAAACGACAAACAGUUCACUGCCUUGUACGCCGAUCACGGUGGAACAACAAUUGAAAAACGCAUUUAGUAGCCAAUCACCUGCCAAUAAAGAAUUGCUGGGACAAGCUCUAAUGUUAGUUAUCACCUUUAUGGAUUUGUGUAUUUACAAAAAUCCUUGUUCAUUAGCAACUGUUUAUAGUACCAAUAGAAAAAUUAAAAAAUAG